AAAUUGGGGGUAAAACACACCAGAAGAGCAAGGAGUAAUAAAAAGAGAGUGGGGGAGUAAAAUCCUUCUCUCUCUCUCUCUCUCGCUCGCUCGCUCGCCGAGGAUCAAAAUUGUUGCGUCGGAUUAAGCUUUCCCAGUAGAUUCAUCAUCACAUAGCCAAUUGGGAUUUUGAUCACAUUUGCUGAUACCCUUUUUUUUUCUCAACACAAUUUAAUCUCCUUACCAUUGGUUUUCCUGUGAUUUUGAUGAAACGGAUUCUCUUCAUUUCCGAUCUUCUUCCAAAAGUGCUCAGAUGUGAGCUAUAGAAGAAAAGACCACAUCUUUAUAAGCCUGGCUGUUUUCCUUCAGAAGAACAGAAUCUUCUGAAUUUUGAUUAGCUGGGUCAGAGGGUGCCCUUUUUAUAUUCCUCAAUUUUCUCUGCAAGAGAAAGAAGAUAAAAAUCAGGUGUUAUUAGGUGAACCAUCCUUGAGUAAAAGUUGAAAUCCAGUAUGAGUACCGCUGGACAAAAUGACUGGGAUGAUGAAGAAUACUCGGUAAUUGGAGAAAAGGGAGAAGUUGGCUUCUUAGAUUUUGAGGAAGAGAAAUCCCUCCAUAAUUUUGACCCUGCUGAAGAUGGCCCUGUAGUUAUAUCACUGCCUUUUCCUCUCAUUAAUGGAAAGCCUCAAUCCGCUCUAAUUGGAGAAACAUCUGCUGACUCCAUCAGUAUCAAGAACACCACGGAUGAUGCAAUAGAUUUGUGGAGUGUUCGAAUCUACUCCUCAAAUCCCGAGGAUUCCUUUGUCCUGUCUUUGAUGAAGCCUCCAUCCUCUGAUGCCGAUGAAGAGGCAGUUAAUGGCUUCAUGGGUUUGACUACGCUAGAAGAUAGAGUGCUUCAACCUGGCAAAACUCUAACAAUUUGGCUCUCAUGUAAACCAAAGGAGAUCGGUUUGCACACUUCGGUUGUGCACUUUGAUGUCGGGGAGAAAAUUGAGAGAGUGGUCUUUUUGUUAGCAGAGGAUAAGGUCUCGCAAGCUUUGUUUUCCUCAAAACCUUAUUCAAAAAUCCGCUCUCAAGAAAGGAAGUUUAACUAUGAUCAGUAUGUGGGUGGUUACCGCCCACCUCGUCCUGCUGCACAAGGCCAGAAAUUUAAGGUUCCACAGUUUCCUAUACCCAAAGAUAUCCGUGAAGUUAUUGAGAAUAAACAAGUUCCCGAUGUCAUUAUGGAAGGAUUGCAUAAUAGGAACUACGCUAAGUACUUCAGCACACUAAUUGUCAUGGAAGAAAUUAGUUUAGAGGAGAAUAUGAGAUCUCAUGACAUGGAGUGUGUAACCAUGAGAAGGAGGGGGCACCAAUUUUUGUCUCUUGAAGUUCCUGGAUUAGCUGAGCGAAGGCCUUCUCUUGUCUAUGGGGACUAUAUAUUUGCGCAAAUUGCUACUGCAGAAACACAACAUGAUAAGCCUUAUCAGGGUUACAUUCAUAGGGUUGAGGCUGAAGAAGUAUAUUUGAAGUUUGAUAAAUCUUUACACCAGAAUCAUCGGGAUGACAACCUUUAUAAUGUCAGGUUCACAUACAAUCGGACAAACAUGCGAAGGCUAUAUCAUGCAGUUCAAGCUGCUGAAAACUUGGGACCCGAGCUUCUCUUCCCCUCUCAUUUACAACAUAAAAGGGUUAUAAAGACAUCAAAGUUAAAUCCUUUGAAUCAAUAUAUUAACAAUGAACAAUCAAUAUCUGUUGAAAAAAUCCUCGGGUGCAAAGGAGCUCCUCCUUAUGUAAUCCAUGGGCCCCCAGGCACUGGCAAAACAAUGACUCUAGUGGAGGCAGUCCUUCAACUCUAUACAUCACGGCGAAGAUCUUGGAUUCUUUUUUGUGCCUCUUCCAAUAGUGCGGCUGAUUAUGUUUUGGAAAAACUUAUCGCUAAUGAGGAGUCCGGAUUUCGUAAAAAUGAUAUAUUUAGGUUAAAUGCGAUAACCCGUCCAUAUGAGGAUAUUAAGCCUGAUUUACUUCGGUUUUGCUUCUUUGAGGAUAUGGUUUUUAAAUGCCCCUCACUUAGAGACCUGCGGCAUUAUAAGAUCAUCAUAUCGACUUAUAUGAGUGCAUCUAUGUUAUAUACUGAAGGCAUUCGAAGGGGGAAUUUCACUCAUAUUUUCCUGGAUGAAGCUGGCCAAGCUUCUGAGCCAGAAACUAUGGUUCCAAUUUCAAAUUUGUGUGCAAGAGAGACUGUCAUUGUUCUUGCAGGAGAUCCUUGUCAACUGGGUCCUGUUAUUUAUUCGAGAAGUGCUGAGAGUUAUGGUUUAGGAAAAUCAUACUUGGAAAGGCUCUUUGAGUGUGAACAUUAUGAAAGAGGGGACAAUAAUUAUGUAACAAAGUUGCUAAGAAACUAUCGGUGCCAUCCAGCAAUAUUGGAGCUCCCUUCAAGCCUUUUUUACCACAGUGAACUGAUUGCUUGCAAAGAAGACAAUGACUCUUUUGAUUAUGACUGCCUGGAAAUCCCAAACAAGUCUUUUCCUGUGUAUUUUAUUGGAAUUCAAGGAUGUGAUGAGAGGGAGGGAAAUAACCCCUCAUGGUUUAAUAGGACCGAGGCAAGUAAAGUGGUAGAUAUCAUCAUGAAAUUGAGAAGGAAUAGUGAUCUAGAUGAGGCAGAUAUUGGGAUUAUUACACCUUAUCGUCAGCAAGUACUAAAGUUAAAGAAAGCACUCGAGUCGCUUGAAUUGUUAGAUGUGAAGGUGGGAACUGUUGAACAAUUCCAGGGGCAAGAACGGCAAGUUAUAAUUAUAUCUACCGUUCGCUCAACUAUUAAACAUAAUGACUUUGACCAGAUGCACAAUUUGGGAUUCCUUACCAAUCAUAGGAGAUUCAAUGUUGCAGUUACUCGUGCAAAAUCCUUGCUUAUCAUCAUUGGAAAUCCACACAUCAUUUCAAAGGAUCCUUACUGGGAUAAGCUACUGAGGUACUGUGCAGACAACGGUUCUUAUAGUGGCUGCCCUCUUCCUCCACCAGGGAGAGACUCUAUGGGAAGCCAGAACUAUGAAGCCGAUUUGGGCGAUGAAGUCCCAAAUGAGUACUCAGAUGAAGCAGUCUCAAAUGAAGUAAAAUGGGGAGAUAACCCGCAACAAUACUCAAAUGAAGUGGAAUGGGGAGAUAUCCCACAACAAUACUCUCUCCCGCAACAAUACUCAAAUGAAGUGGAACGGGGAGAUAUCCCAGAACAGUACUCAAAUGAAGCUAAGGUUGAGUGGGUUGAAGAUAACCCUGAGUCUAAGCAAAAUGAUGUUGACUGCGGUGAAGGCAAGCAUCAGAGUGCCGAUUGCAACACAUGCUAACGGUACUAAAAUCGGUGAUACAAUUAUAAUGGCAUCUGGAUGGGAUGAUUGAUACCUAUCCCUUGAUUUUGCUCGUAAAAUCCAAGGAUCAUUAGUUCCAGGUUCAGUGUCUUUGAUUAGUUUGUAUCGAACAUUUUGUUGUUAAAGAAAUAGAUGAAAUUUGUAUGUUCAAUCCAACUCAGGGGAUCUUGUCUUGGUAACAUCCUGAUUUAAAGUUGGUUAAUUGCGGAUAUAAGCCCUGUUCUAUUGCCAAAUUCCUGAUGGACCA